AUGAAGUUUGUGUUCUCUGUCUUUGCCGCGGCGGUGUCACUAGGCGGCGUAUGGGCGUCGAACGUCCUCGAGCUCGAUGCGAGCAACUUCGACAGCGUGAUCGGGCACGGUAAGCCUGCGCUGGUGGAAUUCUUCGCGCCGUGGUGUGGGCAUUGCAAGAAUCUCGCACCUGUGUAUGAGCAACUAGCGGAUGCAUUUGCGUAUGCUAAGGAUAAGGUGGUAAUUGCGAAGGUGGACGCGGAUGGCGCUGGCAGGCCCCUAGGGCAGAAGUACGAUGUUUCAGGCUUUCCGACAUUGAAGUGGUUUGGCCCUGAUGGGGGCGAGCCAGAGAAGUAUGAAGGUGGUCGGGACUUGGAUUCUCUUACCGCUUUCAUCACAGAAAAAUCGGGCAUGAAGUCCUCCAUCAAGCCUCCCCCACCACCAGCGUACCAGAUUCUUGACGUUAGCACGUUUAACGAUGUCGCGCUGAACAAGGAGAAGGAUGUUCUGAUCAGCUUCACUGCACCCUGGUGUGGACACUGCAAGCGAUUGAAGCCCAUCUACGACGAAGUCGCAAAGGACUUUGCGAACGAGCCUAACUGCGUGGUUGCGAACGUGGACGCCGAUGCCGCACCUAACAAGCCCCUCGCGACUGCGUACGAUGUUCAGAGCUUCCCCACCAUCAAAUUCUUUGGCAAGGAUUCCAAGGAGAAGCCUGAGGCGUACGAAGGCGCACGCACUGAAGAGGCAUUCGUUGAGUUCUUGAACGAGAAGUGCGGAACGCAGCGGACUGUCGGUGGUGGACUUACCGAAUUUGCCGGGCGUCUUCCGGAGUUUGACACCCUCGCCUCGCAAUUCUACGCCGCUACCGGCGCAGCGCGUGAUGAGGUCUACAAGCAAGCAUCUGCCCUCGCUAAGACCGUUGGGCCGGCAGCGAGGCACUAUGUCCGCGUCAUGGAGAAGGUCGUGAACGGCAGCGAGGAGUACAUCCAGAAGGAAACGAAGCGGCUUGUAUCUAUCCUGAGCAAGCGCACGAUGUUGCCGACGAAGCUCGACGAGAUCAAAAUCAAGGCGAACAUCCUCGGGGCAUUCGCACCUGUCAAGCGGGAGACAGGCGGGAGGGCUGCUGCGGAGCUCUGA